AUGGCCGACAACACCCUUCCUCAAACAUCAUCGCCCCAAACUGCGGCAGCACCGGCGCCUGUCGUUACUGAUGCUGCUCACGUUCCGCAAGUGACCACCCCAUCGACCGCCUCAGUCACUGCGACCGCCGCCGCCGCCACCGCUGCCGUCAACAACUCGCUCAACGGCGCGGGCGAGCAACUGCCCUGUCAGUGGGUGGGAUGUAACGAGAAGUCCCCGACUGCCGAGUCACUAUAUGAACACGUUUGCGAACGCCAUGUCGGUCGCAAGAGCACCAACAACUUGAACUUGACUUGUCAAUGGGGAACCUGCAACACCACCACUGUCAAGCGCGACCACAUCACUUCCCACAUUCGUGUGCAUGUGCCUCUCAAGCCGCACAAGUGUGAUUUCUGUGGCAAGGCUUUCAAGCGUCCCCAGGAUCUGAAGAAGCAUGUCAAGACUCAUGCCGACGACUCGGAGAUUCGCUCUCCUGAGCCUGGUCUGAAGCAUCAUCACGAUAUGAUGUUCAAUCAGAACCCCAAAGGAUACGCUGCUGCGGCUCCUUAUUUUGAUAGCCCAAUUCACGCUUACUACCAAGCGGCUCACGCUCCGCCCCCUGCUCCCAACCCUCACUCAUAUGGCAAUGUCUACUACGCCCUGAGUCAAGGUCAUGAGGGUGGUCAAUCAUACGAUCGCAAGCGGGGAUACGACGCCCUCAACGAGUUCUUUGGUGACUUGAAGCGUCGCCAAUUCGAUCCUAACUCGUAUGCCGCCGUGGGCCAACGCUUGCUUGGUCUUCAAGCCCUACAGCUUCCCAUUCUCAAUGGCCCCGUACCUGAGUACCAGCCCAUGCCCGCUGCGGUCCCUGUUGCUGGCGGUGGUGGUGGCUACAGCCCCGGUGGCGGACAUCCCCCUGGAUACCACCUGCCUCCCAUGUCGAAUGUUCGGACCAAGAGUGACUUGAUCAACAUCGAUCAAUUCCUAGAGCAGAUGCAAAACACCAUCUAUGAAAGUGAUGAGAAUGUAGCUGCUGCUGGUGUCGCUCAGCCCGGAGCCCACUACGUCCAGGGUGGCAUGAGCUACCGCACCACCAACUCGCCCCCAAGCCAGCUUCCCCCUCACCAUGUCACCGCGGCCACUUCCGCUCCAAUGAUGGCCACUGCCCACUCUCCUUCGACCGGAACCCCCGCCCUGACACCACCAUCCAGCGCCCAAUCUUACACAUCGCAGCGCUCACCGGUCUCCCUGCCUCAGACCCACCGCGUCUCUCCGCCCCACGAGAGCGGCGCGGGCAUGUACCCCCGUCUUCCCUCGGCGACGAUGGCGGAUAAUAUGGCUGCCGGCUACGCAACUGCUACCAGUGCCGCACCCCCAUCUACACUCAGCGGAGCCUUUGAGCACGAUGACCGUCGCCGCUACACCGGAGGCACCUUGCAGCGCGCGCGACCCGCAGAGCGCGCACUGAGCAUGGAUCGCAUGGACACUGAGCAAGAUAGCAAGCCCCAGGAUGGCGACCGUACUCCUACCAAGAAGAGCCCUCAGCUCGCCGAGAGCUUGAUUGACCCUGCUCUGUCCAGCGGCUCCCCAGACCCCGACCAAGAGGCCGCCCAGCGCACAGCCCGCGCAGCCACCGAGGUGGCUGAACGAGAUGUCAACGUCGCCUGGGUAGAAAAGGUUCGUCUCCUGGAGAACCUCCGUCGCCUGGUUUCCGAAUUGUUGGAAGAGGGUCAGUUUGACCCAGAGGCUUUGACCCGCAGCAGCUCGGGCUCUCCCGCACCCAGCGCUAUGGAGGGUAUUGAGACUGCCAGCACGCGGGCUUCUCCUGUAGUUGCCAAAGAGGAGCCGACCAAGUCGGAAGCCGAGCCGGUCUCCUACCCGACUCUGCGCGGGCUGGACGAGGACGGAGACGCAAAAAUGCCCACCGAGGCAUAG